GCUGCCUUUACCCAAGUAUGUUCACAUGUCAUUUCAUAUAUCACAUGCAACACAACAACCAAACUCACCCUAUUUAAUCUCUAUUUGCCUACAGAUAUUACAUCAAUGACCUUUGACCCUGAGACCGCCCACCCUAAUCUGUCCCUGUCCCAGUCUUGCACUUCAGUAUGGUUUGAGGAGGACAAGGACACAAAGGAUUGCCAGGCCAACCCACAACGGUUCCACUAUUAUUACUGUGUGUUGGGCCAUCAGAGCUUCACCACAGGCCGACACUACUGGGAGGUGGAGGUGGGACGUAAGACAGCGUGGAAGUUGGGCGUUGCACGUGAAGAUGUCCAAAGAGGGGAGAUGGAUGUGACUGGAACCUCCAGUGGCCUCUGGACUCUGGCCCUGAAGGGCGGAUCUGUCGAAGCCUGCACCGAACCGAAGCCCACCAAGGUCACCGUAUCUGUCAGACUUGUCCGCAUCGGUGUGUUCUUGGACUGUGAAAAGGAGGAGGUGUCUUUUUAUAAUGCUAUUACCAUGGCGCCAAUCUACACCUUUACUAUGGGAAUGGUUGAGGUUCCUCUGUACCCCUUCUAUAAUCCAUGUGAUGCAGAUGAUGGGAAGAACACGGCAGCAAUUAAGAUCUUUAACCCUUCACUAUGACGAGGGGCUGCAGGGAUUUCCAACAAAAAAUGUAAUUCUAUAUUAAUAGAAUUAGUCUUACAUUUAGAGCUGAAGCGGUUAUAAAGAAUUAUUUGUAAGUAUUUUAAUUAUCAGUUAACGGUUAGUAGGAAACAUUUUCAAGCAAAAAUAUUUGAAUCAUUUUGAUUUAUGUGAAUUGUUGAGUUUGAAAAUGUCAUGCUGGACAAAACAAGCCAUUUGAAGACAUAACCUUGGAUUUUUGGACCUGUUUCAUAAUUCUCUUACAUUUUAUGGACAUACUAAUUUAUUGAAAAAGUAAUUGACAGAUUUAUUGAUAAAUGAAAAUAAUUGUGAAUGGCAGUCUUAAUUAUAUAAUGUACUUACUGAAACAUUCUAAAAAACUGUUAACAUGGCUG